AUGCGAUCUAAAAAAGUAAAUAUUCCAGAUAUUGAAGAAUAUCAAGAAUUAUUACAAGCAUUAGAACUUGAUGGUAAACAUAUUGAAAAUCUAACUAAAGAAACUAUUGAAAAAAUUGAUCAAAUGCUUGAUGAUGAUUUAUUUAAUCAAACAAAUCUUAAUCUUAUUCAAACACUUGCACGUGAAAGUGUUGUUAAUAUUCCAGUACUAGUCGAUAAUAAAAUAAAUGAUGAGAAUUUUUCUAAUAAAUCUCAUUUAGUUAUUAAAUCUAAUGAACGAUUAGAAAUACUUAUUGAACGUGUUAAAUAUGAAACAUUUUUAUUCAAUGAAAAUGCUGAAAAAAUUCGUAGUUUAAUUGAUCUUAAUGUAAUGUAUAAAAAUGAUAUUGAUUAUAAAACACAAUAUUUAUGGAAAAAUGAAAUUGUUCAAAUGCAAGGACAAAUUUCUUCAAAUCAAAUGGAUAUUUUAACAUAUUAUAGAAAUCGAAGUGAAAUUGGUAUAAAUAUACUUAAACAACCACGUAUUAGUGAUUAUUGGGAACAAUUAAUUGAAAUUGAUGAAGAUUUUUUCUUUAAACUUAGAAUAAUACUUUAUAAUUUAAGAUUAUUCAAUCUUCGAUUGUAUAAUAUUGUAUAUCGUUGGAUGUAUUCUUCUAAUAAGAUUAUAUAA